AUGCGCGUCAGCGCCCGCCUGGCGCUGCUCGAGCCCGCCCCCUCGAGCAGCGCCCUCCUUUUCGAGGCGCCCGGCCGCGGCCGCGAGAAGGCCGGCGGCUCGGUGUGCGCCCCGGCAGGCGGCAGCCUCGUACUGCCGGGCGACGCGACGGCUCCAGUCGCGGCGACGCGGCUGCCGCUAGCCAGCACGCUGCUGGCGUCCGCGACCUGCGUCCGCCCCGCGCGCGACGUGUUCACGCGGUCGUCGGGCCGGGUCUCGUCCCUGGUGGUGGUGCCGCUGAUCAGCGAGGACGACGGCGGCAGCGUCCUGGGGGGCAUUUACUUUGCCAUGGACCAGCCCUGCGACGUUUCAAACAUCCAGGACACCCUGCUGGGCUUCAUAUCGACCGUCACCCCCCUGCUGCACAACAAGCUCGCCGGCCAGGCAGAGUUCUUGGCGGCGCUGGUUGCCGAUCAGGGCGCCUCGUCAAAAGGGGGAGGCUGCAAGCUGGUGCCGGCCCCUCACAGCCACGCAGGCUCCGCCAAGGCCCGGCCGCUCGCCGGGGGCGCCCCGGCCGCGCCGGCCGGCACCAGCGUGCCGUUGGUGGCGCUGGCGAGCGACGCCCUGCCGGCCGCGCGGGCUGGCAGUCUGACUGCGAUGGGUGGCAACCGGAUCAACGCUGAGGCGAUGCUACAGGUUCUGCAGCAGGACCUGAGGGCCAAGGGGCGCCAGGGCGCCGGGGCACAAGAGCUGGUCGUCGGCCCGAUGCUGGGGAAGGGUGGAUUUGGCGUCGUGCACAAGGCGUGGUGGCACAGGGUGCCCGUGGCUGCAAAGAUCAUGCCGGCGCGCGCGACCGAGCGCGAGGCCAUGCGGGACGCAGUUGAGAUGGCGGUUCUUUCGACGGUGCACCACCCUCACGUAGUCAGCGUCUUCAGCUGCCUCACAGACAUGGUGGAGGACACCGACACUGACAAGAGCAGCGGCGGCGCGAGCAGCAGCAGCAGCCUGCUGCUGGGGGCCAAGACGCGCUACCGGCGCUUGCGGCCGGAGGAGAGCGCCUGGGGGGAGCAAGCGGUGUUCAGCAUCGUGGUGAUGGAGCUCUGCGACCGCGGCACGCUGCGCACCGCCAUCAAGAGCGGCCUGCUGCACCAGCAGCUGCCCGGGGGCGCCAUCGGCGUGCGGCUGGCUAACGGCCUGGAGCUGCUGCUGGAUGUGGCUUACGCUGUUCAGCACCUCCACUCCAUAAACCUUGUGCACGGCGACAUCAAAAUGGAGAACAUUUUGCUGAAGAGCGACCCCUCGCGCCAGCUGGGCGUUACGCCAAAGCUUGCGGACUUUGGCCUGACGCGCAUCCUGAACGACUCUGACCACUCGGUGAACCUGGAUGGCGCCGGCACCGUGACGCACCUGGCGCCAGAGAUGUUCAAGGCCGGCACCAUCAUCACCAAGGCGGUCGACGCCUACGCGUUUGGCAUCCUGUUGUGGGAGGUCUACACAGGCCAGAGGGCAUUCGCAGGUCUAGCCACUACAGGGUGA